AUGAUGGGCGGUCGCAUUCGGUCGUUACGCAUGACCCCGGAGGCCGCCCGUGGGCCCUGCUGGGCACGGUACCUGGCGCAGCUGCUUUGGAGCGGUGAGGAGCUGUACCUGCAACUGGACAGCCACAUGCGCUUUGUGCCGGGUUGGGAUGAUAAAGCACGCGAAGAGCUCGCCUGGUGUGGCAGGCACUCAGAGAAGCCAGUACUCUGCACUUACGGACCUGGUUACUCCUUGGGCACACCAUAUUCCGAGAUUCCCAAAGGCAACGUCCCGGUGAGCAUGAACUGUGCGAAUACCUUCGACUCGGAUGGAAUUCUCUUGAUCAAGGCGAGGGAGCUCAAGGCACCGCUUCCUGAGCCCACGAAGCAUUACUUCUGGGGCGCCCAGUUCUCGUUCUCUUCGUCAGAGGUCCUGUGCGAGGUGCCAUACGAUCCGCAGCUCCAGAUGCUGUUCUUUGGCGAAGAGAUAUCGAUGGCCGUCCGUCUCUACACGCAUGGCUGGGAUGUCUAUGCUCCCAAAGAGAACCUGUUCUUUCAUCUUUGGGAAAGGGAUUACCGCCGAGUGUACUGGAAGGACAACAGGGCACUCUUCGCCUCUCUGCUCAAGGCGUCGCAGUGCCGCCUUCACGGCCUGCUGGAUGGCAGCGCGCCCGGCGACGACAGAGCGUGGCCGUUGCCAGGCGGCCUGAGAUCCAGCGGCGAUGCCUUUGGCCUCGGAAGUCAGCGACCUCUGGAAGCCUACGAGGCUGAGGCCGGUGUCCACUUCAAGCGCAAGAGCCUGCAGGCGCCAGCGCUGCGGGGGGGCGGCGAUGCCCUGUCUGAGGACCACUUCUUGGAGCCUGCCAUCCAGGCACGGGAGGCCAUCGAGCUGUCGGGGGCGGUGGAAGAGCUGAGUUUCCUUUCAGGCGUUCCCUUCGUGGCGGAUGCUGCUGUAAACGGCGCUCCCUCCUAUGUAGCACACGUGCAGGGCGACGAGACGCAUAGGUUUGUGCUGUGGUACUCCAGCACGAACCGGACGUGGAUCGUGAACUCUGGUGGCGUCGCACACGGCUUGGGCCAGGAAGCAGUUCCUGUAAUCUUCAGUGAGGCCGGCGUCGACACCCCUGUCGAUGCGAAUCGAUGGUAUUACUUUGACGACUUCAUGGGCGGUUGGAUUCCAAGCCGGACUAUGAAGUUCCGCGAAGCACAGGAGGAGGCGCGUGAUGAGGCGGAGGCUGAAGGCAGUUGGCUCGAUGCCGUUGUACCCAGAGACAGAAACACCUUUCUCUUCUCGGCCACGAUGACCUCAAAGGUCUCCAAGCUGCAGCGCGCAAGCUUGAAGAAGCCGGUGAAGGUGGAGGUGAGUUCCAAGUGCGAUACAGCGGCCGGGCUGGUUCAGAAUUUCAUGCUGAUCCCAUUUAAGUUUAAGCACACCUACUUUGCAGCCUUGGUGGCUCACUUUAUCCACUACGCGGUCAUGGUCUUUACCGACACAUGCCUUGGAGCACAAAGGCUCUCCGUUUUCUUGAGGCACAUGGGCAUGAAAUCCAUCUGCCUCCAUGGACAAAUGAGCCAGGCGCAGAGACUUGGGGCACUCAGCGGAUUCAAGGCCAAAGAGCAAAGGAUCCUGGUGUGCACGGAUGUGGCCUCGCGAGGAUUGGAUGUUCCGUCAGUAGAUUUGGUGGUGAAUUACGACAUUCCCAAAAACUCCAAGGACUACAUUCACAGAGUUGGACGAACGGCGAGGGCCGGAAGAAGCGGAAGAGCUGUCACGAUAGUCACCCAGUAUGACGUGGAGCUCUUCCAGCGAGUUGAGCAUUUCCUUGGCAAGAAGCUGGAGGAAUUCAACGAGCUGGUGGACACGAAGGUGAAAGCCAGCCACGAGCGCGUGCUCGAGGCGCUCCGAAGCACUGAGCUCGAGCUGAGGGAGCAGGACGAGGGCACCUCCGAACGAGCUGUGAAGAGGAAGAUGCAUCAGCAGAAGUCCAGGGGCAAGAAGGGCAGCAUGCUCCUCAGAUCCGGUUUGCGCGAGAAACGGGUUUUCGUCACAACGAGAAGGGCCAGAGCAACCCUUGAAGCCUAA